UCAUAACGUGGAAGAAGGUUUGAACCAUCAUCACCCACGAAACUCCAUUUUAAACAAAAAAAAUAAUAUAUGAAUUGUAUAUAUGUAACAAACGUCUAUGGAUUUAUAUUUUUUGGAGCUUUGUAAUGUCUUACGAGAAAGAGCUAGUCGCUGCGAAGAAAGCCGUUUCUCUAGCUGCUCGUCUCAGCCAAGGAGUACAGAAGACUCUGUUGCAAUCAGAAGUAUGGACAAAAUCAGACAGAACUCCGGUUACUGCAGCUGAUUUUGGGUCACAAGCUGUUGUUAGUAUUGUAUUACAGAGAGAGCUCCAACCUGCAAUCUUUUCAUUAGUAGCAGAAGAGGAAACUGGAGAACUGCGGAAGAAAGGAAGUGAGGUGUUUCUAGAAGGUGUUACGAAGCUUGUGAAAGACACUCUAGCUUCUGAGGAAUCAUACACAGACUCUCCUCCAUCCACAGAGGAUGUGUUGAACGCUAUAGAUUGUGGUAAAUCAGAAGGUGGUUGCAGUGGUUACCAUUGGGUUCUUGAUCCUAUAGAUGGAACCAGAGGAUUUGUGAGAGGAGAGCAGUAUGCUGUGGGAUUAGCGUUGCUUGUGGAAGGCGAAGUGGUGCUUGGUGUCAUGGCUUGUCCGAAUCUUCCUUUGGCUUCUGCGGUUGGUGAGACAGAUGAGUCUUCACAGGAAAACGUUGGAUGUCUCUUCUUUGCUACAGCUGGUUCAGGGGCUUAUGUCCAACCGCUCGAAGGCAAUUCUCUGCCACAAAAGGUAUGUGUGAGUAGCAAUGAGAAUCUUGAAGAAGCGAAGUUUUUAGAAUCAUACCACAAACCAAUUCCCAUACAUAGUUCCAUCGCCAAGAAACUUGGGAUCACGGCAUUACCUGUAAGGAUGGAUAGCCAAGCAAAGUAUGCAGCUGUGUCCAGAGGAGACGCAGAGAUAUACUUGCGUUUCACUCUCAGUGGACACCGUGAGACUAUAUGGGACCAUGCCCCUGGUUUCAUCAUCACAACAGAAGCUGGAGGUGUGGUUUGCGAUGCUGCAGGGAAAUCUCUGGACUUCUCCAAAGGAAAAUAUCUUGCUCACGAGACAGGGAUCAUUGUUACCACCAAGAAACUCAAGCCAUGGGUUUUGAAGGCAGUCAAAGAAGCCAUGGAUGAGGAGAAACUUGAUCUCUGA